CAGGCAGAGCUUCGAGAGUCCAGCUGGAAUCCGCUUUGGCUGCCGGCUGCAGGACAGGGGGAGAGGGGCCGGCGGGGGCACGGCCAUGUGGCUGCCCCCGGCUCUGCUCCUUCUCAGCCUCUCAGGCUGUGUCUCCAUCCAAGGCCCAGAGUUUGUGAGGGGCCCAGAGCGGGGCUUGGUGACUGUGCAGUGUCGCUAUAACCAAGGAUGGGAGACCCACGACAAGUGGUGGUGUCGAGGGGGGAAAUGGCGUUGGUGCAAGAUCCUCGUUCAAACCCGUGGGUCAGAGCAAGAGGAGAAGAGUGGCCGCGUGUCCAUCAGGGACAGUUGGAGAGACCGCUCGUUCACCGUGACCAUGGAGGGGCUCAGGCAAGAUGACGCAGACACUUACUGGUGUGGGAUCCAGAAACCUGGAACUGACCUUGGGACCCAAGUUAAAGUGAUUGUUGACCCAGAAAGCUCCUCUUCCAAACCAUUUGCCAGAUCACCUGCCAACAGCAAUAUGGGGGAGUCCUCUGGCUCCUCCAAGAGGACCCACUACAUGCUCCUGGCCUUUGUGAAGGUGCCCAUCUUGCUCAUCCUGGUCGGUGCUGUCCUCUGGUUGAAAAGGUCUCAGAGGGUCCCUGAGGAGCCUUAGGGGACCGAUCUACACCAACUUGUCCUCUGAACUUCCGGCCAAAGACACGGCCCCUUAGACAGAAGGAUCAGCAGAGCCUUCCCACCCUGGACUCCAUUUCCAGAGGAGGCCUGGGCUAUGGAAGAAACACCUCGGAGUCCUCUGGAUGCAGUGACUGAGGCUGGCCCCUGGGCCCCCACCCUGGCCUUGGGGGCUGGGGCACCUCCCUGUUUUGCACAGCUCAGGGACACAGCUCGGGCCCCUCUGAGCCGUCAUCAUGUGCUGGGGUGCCAGCGCCUUGUUCUCUUGGUCAGGAGCUGUUGGGGUGGAGUCCCAACCGCGGUGUUGUCCCUGCUGGCAUAACUUGGGCACAGAGCCUGGGACGGAAGCACAGAGAGAGACAGAGAGGGAGACCCACCCAGCCCUUGGUUUGUGUCACUCCUGAGACCAGCUCAGCACCGUCCUUGCCUGAGCACUGGAUAUUGGUGUUUUUUAGAAAUCUUUUUUCUUAAGCUAGUCAAGUUGGGUUUUGGUGACUCGUGUUCAUGCGAAUCCUGACUGAUGGCCCCCCGAACUCCAGGAGGGUGACUGUGAUGAAUUCCUGGUUCUGAGGCACGAGAGGCUGGAUGUCCCCUCUGCCCAGGGGGACAUGGCUCUGAGUCUGCAGGGCUGAGGAGGGACUGGAGCCUCCCUGCCCCCCAACAGGGGCUGGGGCUUUCUGGGACCGUGGCUUGGGAGCGACCUCAGCACAGUUGCUCCGGGCUCCUCCCCAAGACCUCACUGAGCCUUGAGAGCUACCUCAAGGUGGGGGAGGGCGGGAAUGAAAACUGUCUCAAGGAAAUGAUGUUAUUUAAAUAAUGUUAAUAAUGAAAACUGUUCGAGGGAAAUAACGUUGUCUCUUUCAAACGCCUCACAGCAACGACACCCUUGAAUAAGGUCGCUUCAUGCCAUGUGGGUCAGG